AUGGACCAGGGCCGCAGGUGUUCGGGCGCCCCUGCCUGUCGACUAAAGGCCAGUCUCAUACAGUGGAUCUGCGCUGGCAGUCGGAGUCUGUCAUGUUUCCCUACUGUGUGGAAGACGUCAUUGUCCGACCACGCUAUGGUGUACGCUGACCCGACAGAUGUGGUACAUCACAAGCGUGCGGACGUGCUCACCUCGUGGGCGUUCAGGGCUCUCCCGCCCGACGCGCGCGCCGACCUGAGCUGCCGCGGGUGUGAAUGGGCGCCUGCCAAGGCUUGCUUGCAGUGCGGCGCGCACCUCCAGGCCGACGGCCAGCGGACCAGAGCGAGCAGCAGGCAGCCCUCCCAUCCGCCCUGCGCCAGUGGUCGAGGAGGGCGCAGCGCCGCCUGGGAACCUCGAGUCCGCUUCGUGGACGGCGGCAACGAGGAGCAGCCAUCGCAGCAGCAGGCGCCAGACAAAGAACCAGAAGUCCCCGCCCAGCCAGACCCAGUCGCACUGGCGCAGGCCCAAGUCACCUUCUUGAAGAAAUGGGUCGGAGUCAACGGGCGCGAGUACACUGACGCCUUGGAAAUACUCGAGAAUGUGAAGAUGGAAGCCCUCAAGGGCAAGAAUUUUGACCAGCAGACCCAAUCGCUCAACGGACAUAUCAUUUCGCUCAAGGCCAAGCUCACCGACCUCGAGGAGGACCUCCAGACGACCGCAGACCAGAUCGCAGAGCUGGCCAGCCACUACCAGUCCAGGGUGAAAGAGAUCAAGGAUGCCCGCGAGGGACUGCACAUGCUGGAGGCCCAACGUGCCAUGGCAGCAAUUGCAGCAACGCAGAAGGCAUCAGCAUCGUCUGACAUAUCCGAGCUGGUCUACGCGGCGUUGAAGGCCAAGAUCCCAGCAGGAGGUUCCAUGCCCGCGGCCCUACAGCAGCAAGUGCAGACGCUCGCGGCCACUUUCAACGAGAUGCAGCACCAGCAUGAAGCCGCACUCGCCCAGCAGACCGCCCAGCUCGUGGCGACCACCGCAGCCAGCUCAGCCGCCGCGGGUGCCCAGCCGAAGGCAUCAUCGUCGCAGGCCCCGCCCAUGUUCGCCGCGCCGCCCGCCACGCUCCAGAUGCCGCCAGCCGGCGCAGCGGAGCAGCCCGUGGACGUGGACCAAGACGAGGAGGACGACGCCAUGGAUUCCGUGGGCUUCGGCUGCGGCGACAAGCGCACAUCCUCCCAACCUCAGGAGAUUGCCAACCUCAUGGACGCCAACGGCGACGCCGAGUUUACCACGAUCAAGCUCAUUACGUUUAACGGCAGUUGCUGGAACACGUUCGAGCAGUUUCUGGAAUCGAACUGGUCCAACGACGUGACAGUGAUCUGUGCCCAGGAACGCAGGCUAACUGAUGGGGACGUCAUCAACCAGAAGAUUCAAUGGUGCCAACGUCGGGGUUGGCUCGCUCACAUUCCAGCUGCCAGUUUCAACGCCAGCCACGAGAAGGCCAACGGAGUGGCCAUCCUGGUCCGAGACCACUUGGGCUUCUGGGUGGAGCACAUGGUUUCCAGCCCUCGGAAACCGAAGUCCCAAUCCAUCGUGGACUAUUUCCUGAUCAGCAACCCCCUGGCAAAGAAGAUUGACGAGGUCCAGACCUGGGCCAAGUGCCCCCUCGCGCCCCACAGGCCAGUCUGCCUAGACUUUCGAGGCAACGACAAUUUCACGAUUCCCGUGCUGGCGAGCGAAGCCGCAGAGGCUACCGUCUACAGCGCCCGUGGGCCCGCAGCAGUGCUCGAGAGAAUGGACUGGUCGCAGGUAACGUUUCAGAUAGCGGGGCUACGGGACCCGCCAGAAGAGUUGCACGCCGUCCACGACCUGAAAGCCAGGUUGCAGACGGUCACCCCGUGGUGCGAAUUACUGCUGGCUGACAUCGCAGCUGGAGUCUUAUCCGAGGGCACAACCGACCAGGCCAUCGGCCAGUUUCUCCAGGGGAAUUCGGGCGUGGCCCAUCGGUGGGGGUAUCUUUACGGUAAGCACGUGUGCGCCCUGUGCCGCGCCAGUGCCAAGGAUCUGCAUCAAUACAACCGUGGGAUCAGUGAGCGAUGCCCAGGAUUCUGUGCUGGCCUGGCCUCGUUAGCGUAA